GUGGUGAGCUCCUAUUGGUGGCUGGGUCCCGACGCGCCGACCUCUUCGGAUCGGGAAAAUCCCAAAUUCAGGUGCACACUUCAUGAUCGGUCCUUAAGGUUCUUAACGACGGACAACAAUUCUCGCCGGAGCCAACCGUUUUCCACGGUGGUUCUCGUUCCCCCAUCACAUAACCACCGUGACGGUAGAAUAAGACAAUCUCACAUGGUGUUCUUAUGCCAUGCCCUCUCUUUCUUCAACUGGCAUCGUCAGAGCCCUACGGCGAACCAAACCCAAUAGCAAACUCGAAGCUUCCUGCAUCGUCCGGCCCAUACUCGAUUUGUGUUCACAAGGCCGCCUCACACAAGCCGUCGGGUCUCUGGACCUUCUGGUUCGUAAAGGCCUUCGCUUAAACACUGCCACUCUCGCUUUCCUCCUGCAACAGUGCGCCAACUCCAAGUCUCUCAAAGAAGGCAAAUGGGUUCACCUGCAUUUGAAGCUCACGGGUUUGAAGAAACCCAACUCUUUCCUGUCGAACCACUUGAUCAAUAUGUAUUGCAAAUGUGGCAAUCACGUAGAAGCACGCAAAGUGUUUGAUAAAAUGGCCGCGAGGAAUUUGUAUUCUUGGAACAACAUGCUUUCUGGGUACACGAAGCUGGGAAUGAUAAAACCCGCCAAGAGGAUAUUUGACACAAUGCCCGAGAAGGACGUUGUGUCGUGGAAUACUAUGAUAAUUGCAUAUGCAAAGAAUGGGUACUGCAACGAUGCUUUAAGGUUUUACAGGGAUAUGCGGAGAUUGUCAAUUGGGUUUAACGAGUUUAGCUUUGCCGGUGCCUUGACAGUGUGUGUGAAGUUGAAAGAGAUGGGACUUACUAGCCAGGUGCACUGUCAGGUUUUUGUUACCGGUUUUUUGUCAAAUGUGGUUCUUUCGAGUACUUUGAUCGAUGCCUAUGCCAAAUGUUCGCAGAUCUGCAGUGCCAGGAGAUUGUUCGAUGAGAUGACGGUCAGGGAUGUCCUUGCUUGGACUACCCUAGUCUCAGGAUAUGCCAGGUGGGGCGAUAUGCAGUCAGCUAGGAAAUUGUUUGAUGCGAUGCCUGAGAAGAACCCUGUCUCAUGGACUGCUUUGAUUGCUGGGUAUGCUCGAAAUAAUAUGGAAGACAUGGCCCUUAAAUUAUUCACAGAGAUGAUGUUAUUACAAAUUAGACCAGAUCAAUUCACUUUCAGCAGUUGCCUAUGUGCAUGUGCUACUAUGGCUUCACUGAAGCAUGGCAAACAAAUUCAUACUUAUUUGAUAAGAAUGGGUUUGAAACCCAAUACAAUAGUUGUCAGUUCUCUUAUCGACAUGUAUUCAAAGUGUGGGAGCUUGGGAGUCAGUAGGCUGGUCUUUGAUAUUAUGGGUAACAAGCAAGAUUAUGUAUUAUGGAAUACGAUGUUGUCGGCCUUAGCACAUCAUGGUUGUGGUGAAGAGGCAGCAAAAAUGUAUGAUGACAUGGUUAGAUCAGGGGUUAAGCCAGACAGGAUAACCCUUGUUGUCAUGCUCAAUGCAUGUAGCCACUCUGGUCUUGUACAAGAGGGCCUUAGGUAUUUUCAGUCAAUGACUUGUGAGCAUGGGAUUGUUCCUGACCAAGAACAUUAUGCAUGCUUGAUUGAUCUUUUGGGCCGAGCUGGAUGUUUUGAUCAAAUGAUGAAACAGCUUCAAGAGAUGCAUUGUGAACCUGAUGGCCUCAUCUGGAACGCAGUACUUGGUGUUUGCAGAAUCCAUGGAAACUUAGAGUUGGGGGGACAAGCAGCUGAAAAACUUAUUGAACUGGAGCCUCAAACCUCUGCGGCAUACAUAUUCCUGUCAAGUGUAUAUGCAACUCUUGGAAGGUGGGAGUCUGUAGAGAAGGUCAGACAACUCAUGAAUGAGAGAGGGGUGAAGAAAGAAAGGGCCAUUAGUUGGGUAGAAGUUGAAGGUAAGCUUCACGCUUUUACUGCAUCAGAUAAGUUGCACCCUUUGACAGAGGAAAUAAUCUCAAUUUUGGAACAGUUAGCUGGCCAGAUGGAAGAUGAUACCUGAUUACUUGAUACUGAAGUUCUUUAUUUUUUUGGUCUCUUCAGUGCUUAUAAAGAAACAUGAGGAUCUAUACCUCAAUUCACUACUUUGAAUUUUAAGAUCUUUUUCUCUCUUACUUAAGAAGAUGUAGGUCUACUGGCCCCACGGUGUAUCACUGCUGACUUGAUUCCUUAGGUUGAUAUUGCACUAGUAGAGUUAUGAUCUCUUUGUCCUGUUCAACCUCAUUUCCUUGAAUUUUUAGAUAUCUCAACCCCCAUAAAGUAUGUUCUACACAUAUUGUAAUUUAUCUCUCAUGAUUUUCUCCAACAAAAUUGAAAAUCAGAUUCUCUAGUUCACUUUAUCACUAAACUGCGUAUUUAGCAUUUCAGGAAAUACAUCCAUUUCUGGACACAUAGGUCUUCCUUCUAACUUGAGCGUGCGUACUGUAGAGGAGUUGGUUAGGUAAGAUGGCAAUGCCGGUAGGUAAUCAAGUAUGCAUGGAUCUCCAAAGCUAGAAGUGAGAGUGGGUCUCAAUAUUCUAAUCAGUCUUUCUUUAAUUUUAGUGAAGGGCUCAAAUCCUAAUGUCAAAGUCCAAGGAUGUGGGAGAUCGGUUAUGGAAUGAUAUAAUAAAUAAUUGUGAAAAUAAUGGUGGUAAUGAGACCAUGUCCUGGUCGUCAGAUUUUUAGGCGUAAUUAUAGGACUCAAUGUUCUAAUCAGUCUUUCUCUAAUGACUUGAAACUUUUAUUUUAGUGAAGGUCUUAAGCCUUAAUUGCCAAAGUCCAAGGGAUGUGGGUGAUCGCUAUGGAAUGAUAUAAUGGCUAAUUAUAAACAUAAUGAUGGUAAUGAGACCAUGUCUUGGUUAUGAGGUUGUAGGGGAGUAAUGAUAGGACUCAAGGUUGAUGGUUAGACUCUUCCUUUCAUAAUUGGUUGAAACCAAGCUUUCGGAGUGAAGGUUAAUGCUCUCGAUGAGGAUGAGACUCACGGCACUAGCUUUUAAUCCACAAAUCCUUACAAGUCUCAUGCAGAUGAAACGUAAGGGCAGCUCAACCUAAGUCAUUUAGGUUGGAGAUCUACUUCUGAAGAUGUCAGUGUAAUAGGGGCAUCAUAGUUGGAGAUCUCAUCUCUACAUGGUGGAAUGGGCAUGUGGCAAUCAAAGCACUAAGAGAACUCCAUUGGGCGAGCCAAGUUUGUACUGAGAAUGUCAAUUGAGUCUUGAUUUCCAAUCAUGGAGAUUCUUGCUCACUUCACAAUGCUAUCAAUUGGAGAUAUAUCACGAGGAACUUGAUCCCAGGAGGGAUGGAGAGAUUGAUCAUGGGAAGGAGAGAUCAUUGAUGUUCAUGUGUCAAUCUUGAUGCUAACACUUGGGAUAUACCAUAGAAGGCUUGAUUAUUGGAGGCAGAGAUUAGAGAUCGACAUGCUACCUUGACACGAAAACAUUUGGAGAUUCAUAUAAGACUCAUCCUUGGAGAGAUAUUAUGGAGAUCGAAAUAGCUGACGUUAAGCAACUUGAGUACUGGUCAUUGAAAAAAGAAACAGCAAUUUGGUACUAACUUGGCAUAUAUAAUACAUAUAUCCACACAAUUGAGCACAAGUAUAUAGAGGAAUACAAAGUGAAAUAAAAUUAAAACUCAAGAAACAGUAGUAGGUAAUGCUGAUAGAGUAAACAGAUCAUUGAAGUUCUGAAAUAAUUGUUAACUGCUUUAUUGCUGUUUUACAAUCUAGAAUUUUUUUGUUUGAUGCAUGGACUUUCUAGUCAAAUGGGUUACUUGUAAUGAAGAAGAAGAAAAUUGUAGCUUACUGAGGUUCUAUCUUUCCUUUCCCUUUUCUCUCUGGAUAUUAUUUUACCUUUUGUU